GUUUAUCCGGGACUUUUCUCUGAGACACUUGUGCGCAGGCGCAGUGCUUCCGCUGUUUCGACCUCUGCCUUCGACAGUCCCUGGCUGCUGCAAUCCGGAAAGGAUAAUAAUAAAAAACAUUAAACUUCAUAAUGUACGCCUGUGCGAAAUUCGUCUCCACACCUGCCCUGGUCCGCUCUGGAUCCCGGGCUUUGUACAGACCCAUGUCUGCUGCCGUACUGUCUAGGCCAGAGGUCAAAACAGAGGCUUCUGCUGCUCUCCUGCCCCAGUCUCCCCUCACUCAGGUGUGUCUGCGAGGAUUCCAGACCAGUGCAGUGAGCCGUGACAUCGACACUGCCGCCAAGUUCAUCGGAGCUGGAGCUGCCACUGUCGGUGUGGCCGGAUCCGGUGCUGGAAUCGGAACUGUCUUUGGCAGUCUGAUCAUUGGAUAUGCCAGGAACCCAUCUCUGAAGCAGCAGCUUUUCUCAUAUGCUAUUCUGGGAUUCGCUUUGUCUGAAGCCAUGGGUCUCUUCUGUUUGAUGGUUGCUUUCCUCAUCCUGUUUGCCAUGUAAAAACUUACUACAAGUGGCAACAUAUGAUGUAAAACUCAAUUGUGAAUUCACAGUUGCUACCAAAAGUGUCUGCUCUUAAUUGUCUCUGUAGAAAGAAAUGCUCAUUUUCAAUGUCCACUCUGUCAAAAAAAUGUAUUAUAAACUUGUAAGCAAUUACAAAAUUAAAAUGUUUAAAGGACAACUGUAAUUUUUGUAUUUUGGAAAUCAUGUUUGUCCCGUCUUUUGAACAACGGUGGUGCUCACUAAAAUGUCAACGUCGAGGAUUCAUCGCAAAACCGUGGUAGUCUGAUAGCACUUUCUGUACAUCACAGCUGGAGAAGUGUACAUGUUCUGGGUCCACUUGUUUCCAGGGGUUGCACUCCUGGUGGACGGAGAAAGGGAUGUAGGAUGCAGCUGGUUAAAAGCCAGUAAACAUUUGCUUUUGUAAAUUGCGUUAAAUAAAUAUAUACUUGUGUUUA